GUCAACUGGAGAACGCUCGUCAAGAAAAGAGAUAUUCGCGGCAGAAGUGAUUUGUGACUGACUUUUUCAGUCUACUUUCUCAUAAAGGAAGAGAAAGAAGAGCAAGCGCUUCCUGUACUGAGGGCGGGGCUUUUUCGAGUCCUUUGUCCAAAACAGACUGAAGUAAAAACAGUAUAUUAGUAGUUAGUAGUCACCUCCUUUGUCACGUAACUUUUAUAACUAGCUUAGCACUAAAGCAAUAACUUCAGAGAAGCGGUAAGAACAUGUUUCAUAUGUAUAUAUUGUGUUAUUUUGACGUUUUAUUGAUAAACGGACAGCUUUGAUAAAAAAAAAAAAACUGUUUGUAGAUGCUAGGUGGUUUGAGCUACUUUAGACGUUGAACUAUAGUGUUUAACCGAGUUGUGCAUUAUUGAAGUUCAAGGGAUAAGAGAGGAGGACCUUAAUCGAAGCUACGUUUUUAUCAAUUAGCAUCCAGGUGCCAGGUGAAGGUAAACAUAACCUUUUCUUACUUCUAGCUAACCUGAUUUCACUUAAUCCGUCAAAGGUUUUUUUUUUAUGAGCCGCGGGAGAAAUGUUUGCCGUAGCAACCAAAAACUUUGUGAAGGAGGUGGAUGAUGGGGGCUUCCUGAUCCCAGUGUCCAGCCUGAAUGACAACUUGGAGCUUCUGACGGUGGUGGUGAAGCGUGAACGCUCCUGGUUCUGGCAGAAACCCAAAUAUCUUCCAACUGACUUCACCCUGAAUGACCUGCUGACAGGCGAUUCGCCCAUAACACCAGACGUGCUAGAUAUAGACUUCAUCAAGUACAGCGGCACAUAUGAGGACGACAUAGGGGGAACCAUGGAUGCUAGUUUUGUCAAAGCCAAAUUGAACAUAAAGAGUGAAGACUCCUCCAAACUCCAGUUGUCCUUUGGCAGUCUGAAGAAACAGGAAGUGGAAGUCCCGAAACUGAUGGGAGACUCCAAAGGCAGAGUUCUGGACAUGUCGCACUCUCUGAUCCAGCAGACGAAAGAGAAAAAGAAAAAUGUGUUGGCCAUUGUGAAGGAGCGCAUCAUGACCACACAGCCAUGUUCAGUCGUAGAGGACGUGCAGCAGCGAGGAUGGCUUGUGGGGAGUCUGAUUCCCUGCCUCCCCAAAGUGUCUAAAAUUUUACUGACAGAAAAUGGAAAGUUGAGUAAAGACAGCAACGUUACAUUGGAGAUUCCUCCGCACACCACGAUGGCCUACGGCAUUAUAGAGCUGGAGAUCAAAAACGACGGGCACUUUGAGCUGUGUGUGAUGACAAGUGGAGGUUUUGAAGUAGACGGCCAUGCCAAGAAGAGGCUGCUGUGUUUCUCAGUUCCAAAGAACAAUGUGAUUCAGCAGGAACUGGAGAACCUGAAGGAUCAUUUCCAGCAGCUUUCCACCCUCCCAGCCUCCACCAGGUCGUCUCUGCUCCAGCACAUCACAGGACUGAUGCAGAAACCGGAAGCCAUUGCCGCACUUCAGGUCAUGCUGGACCGGAUGUAUCUGGGUAAGAAACCCAGCCUGGAUGAUGACGGAUUAAAGGAAUCUCAGCAGCAGAGCAUCCAAGCGAUUUUUGAAGUGUUGGAGCAGUCUGGUGCAGAGGAGUCGACUCAGAGCCCAGUCCUCACCGCAUUGCAUCUGGUUGUCAGUGCAUUAGAGGAGUUACCAGAUGAUUGUCUUCCUGUUUUAAGUGUUUGCAGUAACCCUGCAACCCUACAGACUUUGGAGCUACUGGUGCAGUGUGUGUCAGGGACCCGGGAGACGACUCCGAGCAGCACAGCAUUGCCAGAUGACGACUAUGAAAGGACUGAACAUAUUUUUGCCUCCUGUAAUGCGUCUCUACGGAGAGACAGCGAUAUGCUCCGGGUUGAAAUCAAGCAUGAACCAGGAAAUCAUCCCCUGAUUCUCUGCAUCGCUAUUAAAAGUCUCGCCUCUUUAGCCUGUGGCUUUUGAACCAUAUGAACUGUAUAGUGAUUAAAAGAAAAUCCAUUAUAUUCUGUUUUCUUUGGGGGAUUUAGCCUGGACAUUUAUAAAUAAGUGCUUGAAACAUAAAUGUGAGAAUGAACAUCGUACUGAAUAUUUUUUAUUGGCAGAUUUUACAUUGUAUAGGACUUGGACUUCAUUGAAUUGAAUGUGAUCAAACGUCGAUACCCUAAAUAGGCAUCAUCUGAUAAUUAGAAAUCCGUUUCAGCAAAAUUCAUGUUGUACUUUCUACUAUAACAUAGUUGUUGUAGAACUGUUCUACAAUAAGCCUUUUGUGGCUUGAGAUUGUUUUUGCCCUUUUCAAUUAAUUGGUCCACAAAUCUUUUUUCUUUUUUUUACAUAAAACCAAAAAAGUCCUUUAGAAAUUGAUUUAGGGUUUGAAUGUUGACUGUGUGGUGUUUUCUUUAAAGCUUUGUAAUUUUGUGUUUUUAUUAUGAAAAACACUUUGAACUGUCUUUCUGCUGAAAUGUGCUAUACAAAAAACUUGAUUCUUUCACCUCAGGCAUCCCAGGCCGUCUUCUACUACAAACGCUUGUAUUCAUGCUUCACUUGCAAAUUUUUAAACAUGAGAAGUUGUGCAAUAUGAAAUGAUGGUGUUUCCUUAUUGUAACAGCGUCUUGCAAAGACACCCACUUUCCCGAUGUCAAGUUAAAAUUUUAGUUCAUUUAGAAUUUUCUGUGACAGACCAACAAAUUAGCAAAUGAUUGUUAAGUAAAGGUGACAGGACAGGUGGUUUACAAAAAAUCUGAAAUGUGAAUGAUGUUUGUUACCCUGACACUUGAAUGCAGGUGUUUGGUGAAACGGUACAAUCACAAGUUCCUAUGGAUUUCAGUGGGAUUUUAUUUGAUGGAUUGAAACUUGAGAGAAAAUUUGUUAAGAGGCAGUAAAUUUACGCAUGUUUUUAUUUUUCCCAAAUAAAACUCUUAAGUGCAGCAGA